UGGGAAGAAUACUCCAUACAUUGGUGAUCAGUGGGAAGAAUACUCCAUACAUUGGUGGUCAGUGAGAAGAAUGCUCCUUACAUUGGAGGUCAGCGGGAAGAAUGCUCCUUACAUUGGAGGUCAGUGGGAAGAAUGCUCCUUACAUUGGUGGUCAGCGGGAAGAAUGCUCCUUACAUUGGAGGUCAGCAGGAAGAAUGCUCCUUACAUUGGUGGUCAGUGAGAAGAAUGCUCCUUACAUUGGAGGUCAGUGGGAAGAAUGUCCUUUGCAUUGGUGGUCAGUGGAAAGAAUGCUCCUUACACUGGUGAUCAGUGGGAAGAAUGCUCCUUACAUUGGUGAUCAGUGGGAAGAAUGCUCCUUACACUGGUGAUCAGUGGGAAGAAUGCUCCUUAUGUUGGAUGGUCAGUGAGAAGAAUGCUCCU